AACUCCAAUAAGCGUCGGCGGGAUUCGAACCUGGGUGUGGGGUUCCACACCUGGAGGCUCUUACCAACUCGACCAUUUCUCUGAUCCCUUAAUCCUCUCUCUGUCUCUGAUUCACAACUUAUGCUUUUGCAUGUUCACCAACUCUGCCGAUUUAUAUUUGUCUUCAAUCACCGUCACUCUUAGCGGCUUCCCGCAGUUUAUCAGCAAUCAGUUCGCUGCUUUUGCUCUAUAUCCCUUUGUGGAUCUUUGUGUUCUCUGGUUCGAUUUUGGAGGCCGCUUUGUUUCGGUGUCGGAAUCUGGGCUGUUCGAAUCUGUUGCCUGUUGGGCUUAUCGAUUUGGGUUUCUUUUUGUUGUUGGCUGUUGCCCAAUUCUGGGCAUAUGGUGAUAACAAGGAUACAAGUCUUGCUGUGAUCUCAUCCAGCAUAACAGCAGCAUAUAGUUUGUGUGGAGCCUGCUUAAUUAUCUUUCCUAUAGCUUGGCUUGCAAGCUCUUCCAGUUACGUCUUUCAGAGUGAACUCAAGUUUGGAAGCCUCAUUGCAUGUUUUCUCCAGGCCAUGGCAUGCUUUGCUCAAUCAGCAGAGCACUUCACCCAAGCAUACUGUCUAAUGAGCUCCCAAAACAGCAAUAUUGAGGCCGGAGAUGUGGAGGCGGCAACCGGGGCAGUUUUAGGUGGAGUUCAUUUCAAAUCUCUUGGGAUGAGAUGUCUACAAUGUGCUGGCAUUCUGCUACUAUGGUUUUUCGGUCCUAUCCCAAUGUUUGUUUCCUCUGUGGCUCUAGUCAUAUUCCUCCAUUACAAUUAUACUGGUCGACAAUAUCAUGUUCGUAAUAGAGUCGAUUCGCAAAUGCAGUCUUUUCAGAAACUGAGGUUUUGUGAGGCUGAGAUUUUGUGUGCCCUUUGUGAAGAUAAUGUGAUUGGCAGAGGGCCAUCUGGGAAAGUGUACAAGGUUGAGUCAAGCAAUGGUACAACUAUUGCAGUGAAGAAGCUGCAGAGAAGAAGAGUGAACCAGUGCGAAAACAACGAUGUUGAGAAAGAUAUGGUCCAUGAUGAUGGCCUUAUAGCAGGGUUUGACACUUUGGGGAGGAUUACGCACAAGAACAUUAUGAAGCUUUGGCAUUGUUGUACUACUAGAGACUGCCAGCAGCUGUUGGUUUAUGAUUACAUGCCAAAUGGUAGUCUUGGUGAUUUUCUGCACAAUAAGAAAGCAGGGUUGCUGAAUUGGCCUACAAGGUUUAAGAUUGCUCUUGGUGCUGCUGAGGGGAUUUCUUAUCUGCACCAUGAUUGUUCUCCUUCUAUUGUUCAUAGAAAUGUGAAAUCAAACAAUAUAUUGUUGGAUGGUGAUUUCGAAGCUCGAGUGGUGGAUAUUGGAACAACUAAUGGCGUUGAUGCAUCUGGAAAAGGGCCAGUCAUUGCAGCUGCUUGUGGUUACAUUGCUCCAGAAUUUUUGCACGCACAUGGGUUGAAUGGGAAGAGUGAUAUAUACAACUUUGGUGUGGUGAUGCUGGAAUUGGUUACCGGGAAACUUCCAGUUAACCCAGAACUAGGAGAAAAGGACCUGGUGAAGUGGGUCCGUAGCACUUUGGAUCAGAAAGGAGUGGACCAUGUCCUUGACCCCAAGCUCGAUUCUUGUUACAAGGAAGAAGUAUGCAAGGUCCUCGAUAUUGGGCUUCUCUGCACCGAUUCUCGUCCAGACAAUCGACCAUCCAUGAGAAGAGUGAUGGAAUUGUUGCAAGAAGUGGGCAGAGGAGCAUCCCCAUAUUGCUAAGAAAGAAGGGAACUUGUCACCCUAUUACUCUGAAGAUGCCUUAGAUCAUGCAAGAGUUGCUUGAGAAGUUCAUAUGGGUGAGGUCUUGGGAGGAUGUUCAGUUCAUCUGUUUGGGGACACUUGGUGUUGGUGCAAGUAGGCCUGCUGACGAGCCUGGAAAUCGAAACAGACUUGAAAGCUGUGGUGGUGAUGUCAUCCUUAGAACAUGAACGCAUCACAGUACCGCUGACUAAUUAGUCAAAAUGGGAUGCAGGAUGGGGGAUGUUUGAGGGGUUACAGAUCAGCCUGCUAUGUUGCUUUACCUGCUUAAUCCUAUGAUCCCCUUUGGUAGUUUGAUCAGCUAAGCAGUUCUUCUACAAAGCUACUCCAUUGCUAGAGACUGUCAGAAGGAAGCACAAUCCAAAGACCAUGGGGUUUAUGGUAAUUGACCCAAGGAAUCCAAAUUACUUUUCACAGAAGAAGAAUUUGGGAUUAGGGCAUCCCUUCCGUCUCCUAUUGUACCUGAAGACAUUGCCACAAGUUUUCUAUGGAGAUAGAAAUACUUUGAACUGAAUGAUGAUUAUGUCAUGAGUGGGAGUAGCUGCGGCCAUAUGUUUAUUUGGAAGAAGAACAGGAGCUAAUCUCAUUUGCCUAUUCUUGCAACUGGUGGAAUAGAAUUGGCUGUAACCUUUGGCAUCCUAUGGAAAAUGAUGAUCACUGCCGCGCAAUAUGGAAGAGUUUUCAUUGAAAGACAGUUUUAGGGAGUCUAAUAAAUAUGUUCUGGAAAUUUCUUUAUUUUCCUGAUAUUUUCUUAUUCAAUGACAGAUUUUGAAGUCUAGUAGACAAGGUAGAGACAGGCCCGUAGCUAUUGAUGAUCGGUGCAGCCAAUUGGAUAUUGAUGAUUGUGAGCAACCGAUAGGAUAUAUUCCCUCACACUAUUAAUACGAGGCAAUGAGCUCAGUACUCAAUAAGGUACAUAACCCUCUUUCUAUCUCAGAAGUAACAUGCACCUUACCUUUUCCUAGGCCCUAGUUUCUUCACUGUCUUUACCUUAAGUCUAUGUCUUUAUCCCAGAUAACCAUAAAUCAUCUGUCAUUGGGAGCCAUUUAUUAAAAGUGGUUGGCACAUAAUCCCUUGGACUCUUUAACAUUACUUUCUUCAUUUCUUUGCUUUCAUUUUCGUUGUAUCCUAGACAACAAUGAUGUCAAUAUUAAUUCGGAUGACUAGGUAUCAUUGCUUUUCUGUGAUUUAUAUUAGAUUAUUAUCUAUGGUAAGAUUGAUUUGAUGAAACUAACUGAGGUUCAGUGUACGUUUUUCUCUGUUCCAGUGAGGUUAAUCUCUUCCCAAGUUGAGAAGUUAUUUACUGUUACCAAAAGAAAAUUUUCCUUGGUAGUAUCGUGCAGAUUCACGGAUAACUGGCCUAAAAUGAUAAAAUAUAGCAAUCUUAAUCACCUCCAUCUUUCCGGAAAUCUAUUUUCGGGGGAUGUCCCACAUGGGGUGUAGAACAUGAAGCUCACAGCGUCAAAAUGUUGAUCAAUCUUUCAGGUGAGCUUCUGCAUCUGUUUGCUUAAGGCGUUUUCAGAAAUGAGUUUCCUGUAUGGGAAAUCUUGUGUCUUUGUGAUGAAUUAUGUAAUAGCAGAGCUGACGCUUAAUGCCAAGGGUAUAUUUAGACGCUAAGGUGCAUUUUCAGCACUUUAAUUCUAGCUGGUCUAGUUUUUGCUGUGGGUGUGGUUUUGCUUUACUUUAGUUACAAGAAGUUCGAGAAGGCAAACAGAGCUAUAGACAAAUGAAGAUGUACCUUGAUGUCGUUUCACAAACUGGUCUUAGUGAGUAUGAGAUUGGAAUACCAAAAUUAGGGUCAUGUGGGAAAGUGUACAACUACAAGGAUUGUCUAAGCAAUGGUGAGGCUGUUGCAGUGAAGAGGCAAUGGAGAGGGAAAGUGGAGUGCAAGGAUGGUGAUGUAGAGAAAUCUGGUCCAAAAGGUUUGCUUAGAAGCUAGAGAUUGCAAGCUCUAGCAUCUCUCUUGUAUUCUAAAUUAUUUUCAUUGGGAUCGUAUUAUAAAUUAGUUUUUGCCGUGGGUCUCUCUUUUAUUUUUAUUGUAUUCAAAAUUUCACUUUGGUCUCUAGCAUUUCGUCAUGGAAAGAUUCUAAUGUUGGCUAUCAGGUCAAGUGUUCUCUGCCUGCAUUUCAAGCGACAAAAAACGAAUUAACUCUCAGUCAGUCAAAAAAUUUAAAAGAUUUAAAAUCAUUUAGAAAAAUAGCAAUUACAUCAUGAAUCAUGAAUGUAUGUUAUUCUUAGGAGUCAGGAGGCUAUUUAAUUUUUGCAUGUUUAAUUAAAAGCACACUAGUGCACUGUACAGUUUGAGGAGAGGAGCUUUUCUGUAGGCAACAAAGAGACUAAGUGCUUCGAUGAUGAUGAUGAAUCAAGACUUUAGUAACCUUGUGUCUAGAUUAGAGCUAAAGUAAUAACCGUAUGAGAGCUAAACUAGUGUACUAGUUUAUGUUUUUAUGGUUGCCUAUUUGGCAAGCCAAAUAACAUGAAUUACAGUUUUUGUUUUUGCUCAUCGAUUGUCUUUCAUGUCAGUGCUGCAUGCUUUGCAUUUUUAUUGUACAUAUGCUAAGGGCUUCACUUUGGUUGGUUCAUAAUGAAAUUGGGAAUUCCUUUGGAGGAUUCUUAAGACACCAAAAAAAAAAAAA